CUUGAACUACAAUUCGGAGCUGCUUACACACGCGCACGGCACAUAAAUGGGUUCUCAGAAGUUCAAGUUGAGAGCACCGGCGUGAAAUGAAGCAGAGAAUCUGCGGGAUUAGUAGAAAACACCCCAACAUAUAAUCACAAUUAAGAAUGCCACCAAAGAAACCGGAUCCUUCAGUCUUCACUGCGAUGCGAGAGGUUAUUCCUGUGUGUUGCAAGAUGUCUGCAAAAACUGCAUCUAUCCAUGCUAAAUGGAUCAUAGGAAAAGUGAUUGGGACAAAAAUGCAGAAGACUGCCAAAGUCAGGGUAACAAGGCUUGUGUUAAAUCCCUACCUACUUAAGUAUUACAACAAGAGGAAGACGUACUUUGCCCAUGACCCAUUAGAGCAGUGCACUGUUGGUGACAUUGUUCUUCUGCAAGCUCUGCCUGAAAGAAGGACUAAGCAUGUACAACACAGGCUGGCUGAAAUUGUUUAUAAAGUUGGAAAUGUUACUGACCCUGUAACAGGAAAACGUUGUGCUGGAAGUGUCUUUCUGGAGCCCUUGGAUGACCACAGCACUGCAUCUCUCACUGAAAAGCUACAUGAACUCAGUAUUGCUGCAGCACAACCUGCAGCUGAGGGCAAAAAUUCGGAACUGGCAUCUUCACUGAAAUAAUAAUAAUAAUAGUAAUAAGCAGAGACCAAAGCUGGCUUGCUUUUGAUUUUUUUUUUUGGGUAGCUUAAUCUUACAAGAAUUUAAUACUUGCUGCUACGUUUUCUUGACCAUACUUUUUUUUUCUUCUUUGUGUAAUGUUUGCCCUGCUUAGAUGUGUUGGGUAAAAUGUGGACAAACCUGCUCAUACAAUCACUUGUUUUAUCUGCAUUUUGAAUUGCUUCAGUGAAUUGUGUGUACAGGAAGCAUUGUUCAUUUCUACCUACUUAUACCUGUCCAGCCAUCUUUGUAAGGAUUUUUUUCUGUUUUUUAAAUUUACCCCAUGCUGUGUACAUUGAAAUACUUUGAAGUACUGUGCUCUUUCCAUUUUAAGUAAUUAUACCACCCUUUGUAGUUGAAA